GCGAAUAAACCCGUGUUGUUUUUACCUUGCCAGAUGGGCACACCUGUGUAAAACGAAUAUACAAAUAAGAGCUCUCUCAUUCAGCUCUGCCGCUAAUGAUAAUUAUGGCUAUUGAUUUUCCAUCGCGGAUAACUCUGCCCGUUGAUAUAGCGUAAAGAAUAUACCACGUGUCGGCUUCUAGUGAAAAUGUCAGUUGUUGAUCCCAAGUCUCUUUGCCUCGCUUGAGUAGUGCGAAUAUCGCUGCUGGUACUUCCAAUAACAUGCUGGUGAUGGGAACAAAAGCGUUCUGGUUAUCGCUGUUUUGUUGUCUUGUCUUGAGCGCCGCACCGUGUACGCCUGCGAUUCCUCUCUCCUCAAUGGCGGCCUUUAACGGCCGUCUCUAUCAGCUGAUUGAAUAAGAGCAAUUUGAUUAGCUGCUGUGUAAUAAGGUAGCGUAGCUUGCGCAGCGGCUGGUAACACGGGAGUCUCGUGCGCGUAGUAGUGGCGCGAUGACGUGGUAUUUGUAGCGCUGAAUCAAGAAAGCAUUGACUCGGCCGUUGUCGCUUGCCGGCUUCUUCCAAUCUCCGAAGUCCAAUCGCCGGCGACUCAGGACAGUGUAGUAUUCUUCGUGGGAGAGUGUGUGACUCCCUAUAUUGCCCAGGCUGUGUCUGGUUUCGGCUGGCAUUGAGUCUAGACAGUAAGCACGGCUAGUAACCAGCGACCAGUACAGCUCCGACGGCAUUUCGUAGUUUUGGAUCCUUUUGACUUCUCUAUCAGCCAUACGCCAGCGCGUCUCCAAACACGGCGUUGUUUGUUGUCAAUAUGUGUGUGUAUCCCUGUCUGCAGCGCCGUUGACUAGACAAUAAUGCUGCUCUGCCUGGAGCUUGCCGUAGCGGGUGUACAUCUUCCAUGCAUUCGUCUGUGCAUGCCGCUUACCCUCCCCAGCCUUUGUAGCCGAUGUCAGACCUCCCUUUGACUGGCUGAGUAACCGGAUCUCUCCCCGGGUCCCCCUCGCGCUCCUUUGUUGACUUCGGCGGCAGGCAGUACCGCGUCAAAGCCAGCUGCCGACCGACCGACCAGCUAGCCAGCCUGCGCACCCUACCGUCCGUUCUCUCAGUAGCUAACCCAGUGUUAGUCAUCGUCGAAACGGUGGCAGCAGCCGCAAAAACAGUCAGAGUCACCAUCGCCGUAGACCGUGUCGUGAACGCAGCCGGCCCCCUUCCAGUGAGCCGCAGGUCGGCCCUGCCUCUGACUACUCGGGACCAAUUGGAGUACAGCAGCCGCUCUUUGUACGCAGUACACCGAGCCGAAUGCCCCAGAACGAUGUACAGUGGAACUGCCCAUGCGAAGACGUUUGCUUUCGUGUGUGAAGCAAGAUACAAAUGAGCGGAGCUCGUUUGAACGAACAACGAACGUUUUUGCUUUGAAAGGUGCGCAGAUCAAAACACAGGCUUACAGUUUGAUGGAGAUGCUUCCGGCGUGGGGGUGAGUGGUGUGGCGCAGUGCAGUGCACAGUGUACAGGUACAACAACCACCGUCCCUAGCUUCUCUUUACAGGCCGGUUGCAAUAUAACCCGGUCCCAGAUAAGUUGACCCGGUUCCCAGAGAGUCAUCGUCAUAACCUUUCAAAACAUCUGCACAGGCGAUCGAACCAUCAGCAGUAUGCCCGAAGAAAAUUCGACGGAAGACUUUGGAGCCCGGUUGGAGACGCUUCUGGCCAACUUCCAACUGGAUCGAAGCCGGUCCCUGAGUGCUCGAUGCCGGAAAUUUGCUGUCGACGGCCAGGUUGUUGGAUUAAUUCGCAAUUCCGACUGGGAAUUGAUGCGGAAGCAUACCGAAGGUGUUUUCGUUGAGGAAACCGACAUCAUUUCACUUAAUCCCGAAUGGAAGACGUGCGAGGAACGGACACUGCAGAUGGCUGCGGCGCUUCAAAAGCUCAGAGAGGAAAAUUUGUUUCCAACACUGAAGGGCUGGCGCAACGAAACCUAUGAUAUCGCCGCAAAGUUCGGCGAUGCCACGCUCAUGCGAAUGGAACGUUCCGCGACCUGCCUCUUUGGAACCAAACGCUACGGGGUGCACAUCACUGGCUACGUCGAGGACGAAGAUGGACGCGUGGAGAGUGUCUGGUUCCAGAAGAGGAGUCCAACAAAGGAGACGUGGCCAAACAAAAUUGAUAUAAUGGUAAGUGGUGGACUAAGUUCUGGCAACUCUGUAACCGACUGUCUCAUACGAGAAGCCGAAGAGGAAGCUUCGAUGUCUGAGGAACUUGUGCGCCGACUGGCUCGUCCCGUCGGUUUUGUGUCAUUUAUAUACGAGGACGAACGAGGCAUUUUUCCUGAGACAAUUUUUUGCUUCGAUGCACGCCUGCCAAGAGACUUUGUCCCAAGAGCGUCCGACUGCGAGGUGCAGUCGUUCCAUUGCGUCCCCGUCGAGGACGUCGCCAAUCUUGUGGUUAAUAGCGACGUAUUUAAACUGACCUCGGCACCAAUCGCCCUAGACUUUCUCGUUCGACAUUCCAUCC